CAUUCCUGGAGGUGCUUAAGGCGCGGUUCGGUGGGCUCUGGGCAGCCUGAGCUGGUGGGGGGCACGCAGCCCACGGCAGGGGAUGGGCACGGAUGGGCUUUAAGACCCUUCCAAGUCAGACCAUCGCGUGGCUCCAUGAAUUCCGGCCGCGGGGCAGCGGUGAUCCGCUCCGGGCUUUCCCUCCGGCCCCAGGCACGGGAGGAACCCGGCCGCCUGCAAAGCUCGGCGCCUCCAGGGGUCGCGGCCGGAGCAGGUCGGCGGAGGCGGCAGUCGUCGGGCUGUGGGUGCUGCGCUUCGCACCUGCCCGGACUUAAACCCCGAGGAAGCGAUAAAAUAAAAACAAGCACCAACUUUACAAAGCAAUAAAAUACACUAAUACAGAAACAGCGGGGGGCUUUCUAAGACCCCCCUCAGCCAGAGCCGGCCCGGCCCCUGCACGGCGGGGCGGGGGGCGCCGGGGAGGGCCGGGCAGCGCUGGCCGCUCGCCCGCCGCGCUCGCUGUGCCUCAGCGGGGACCUACAAAGCUAUUUUGAAAGUGACCCCUCGGCCAGAGCGCGGGGAGGGAGCAGCGAGCCGGGCGCAGCUGUCCGGAAUCAUGACUGAAGAUGACGGAUUCCGUGGUGGUGGAGGGUCACGUCAAGUUGAGAGAUGGAAAAAAGUGGAAGAGUAGGUGGCUGGUGCUGCGCAAGCCCUCCCCGGUGGCAGACUGUUUGCUCAUGCUGGUGUACAAGGAUAAAUCUGAACGAGCGAAAGGGCACAAGGAGAGAAGCAGCGUGACCUUAGAAGACAUCUGUGGCUUGGAUCCUGGGCUCUCCUAUGAGGGCUUGAAUCACACCCUUGCAAUCAUCUGUCUUUCUCAAGUUGUGAUGCUAGGAUUUGAGAACAAGGAAACAAUGUAUGCGUGGGAUGUACGAAUCCGCUACAGUUUGGGGGAAGUUCAUAGAUUUCAAGUUUUUGUAGCACCUGGCACUAAACUAGAGAGCGGGCCUGCUACGCUGCAUUUCUGCAAUGACAUCCUCGUCCUCGCAAAAGACCUUCCUCCUAGUGUUAUGGGGCAAUGGAAACUCUCAGAUCUGCGUCGAUAUGGAGCUGUCCCAAAUGGAUUCAUCUUUGAAGGGGGGACAAGGUGUGGCUUCUGGGCUGGUGUUUUCUUCCUCUCUUGUGCUGAAGGAGAGCAGAUCAGCUUUCUGUUUGACUGUAUCGUCCGCGGCAUCUCCCCGACGAAAGGCCCUUUUGGUUUGCGUCCAGUGCUACCAGAUCCAACUACAAAUCCAGCAUAUUCAGAAGAAAGAUUGGCUCAUGAAGCUUUGCAAUUAGAGAAGCGCUUGAGCUUGCUGUCCCAUACAAGUCGCCAGGGCAGUGGAGGAGAUGAUCGAAGUCUUUCAAGCUCAUCUUCAGAUACCAGCCACUCUGAUGUUAGUGUUGGGAGCAGAUUGACAAUUUGGCCUGAACAGUCUUCAGCCAGCACUUCACAGGAGAGUCAUGGACUGGCAGCUGCAAAGGGCAUUCAUCUUGGGGAAGAAAAGAUCCAUCCAGAAGGGGCACGUGGCACUGCUAAACCACCUCCAAAGCCCCUCCGAUCCAGACAGCUACAAGAGAUAGGCCGUCAGAGCUCAUCUGACAGUGGAAUAGCUACUGGUAGUCACUCUUCUUACUCUGGAAGCUUCUCUUCCUAUGCUGGGAGCUUGGACAUCUGCCAUGGCGAUGAGUUUGGAUCAUUGCUUAGCCUGCCAUUGAACUUUCCUUCGGAUCAGAAUUUAUGUACUUGUCCUCACAGUGAGCCUCAGAGAGGUGUGGGAUCAGAGUAUCAGGUUCCCAGCUCUCUCAGACAUAUUUAUGAUAUACCCAGGAGUUUGUUACAGGCAGCUGCUAAAGAUGUGCAACCCAAGAGUGCAGAUUCCACGCUACCCAAGGACCAGGCCCUGCUUCCUCAUGGUGCUAGUGAUCCAAAACUGCUCCUUCCACACUUCGAAGCACAGAGGGCACCAGAGCACAGCCAGGACAGAGGGAGACCGUCAUCCUUACUCCCAGAAAGCACCAAAGACUCAAGUAAUGAGGCGUGUGUGGAUUUUGUUUCGAGGUGGUCAGAUACAAAAGCACCAGGACAGGUGUCAGACUCCAAAAGUAGUGAGUUAGCGCCACCUGGUGGAGCCUCAGCUGACCCCUAUGACACAUGUAGCCCCCACCUUGGGAUGACAAGAGCUCUUUUUUCAGCUUGUCCAAUCUGUGGUGGACUAAAGGGAUCAGCAAUUUUACAGCCAGGAGUCUUACCAGCUCUACCAGGUGCUUCUUCUGUCAUGGCAGCUUCUGGGUCUCUGAAACUACAGAGAGGGUACAGUCUCCAAGCUGGUCCUAAAGGUGGUUAUGAGAUGCUGACACUACCUGCAGAACCUGGAACUCCUACUAGCUCUGAGGAACCUGAAGGGGCUGUAGGUUAUUCAGCUGAUGUCCCUACAUCAGAUCGACCCCACAGUGAGACAGCCACCUAUGUUAAUAUUCCUGUCAGUCCUACUUCCAAAAAACAACUUCAUUACAUGGAACUGGAACUUCAAGAAGCCAGCACAAGCAUAAGAGGGAGUGGAUCAUCCAGAUAUGCACAGAUUGACAUUGCAGCCACCGAGACAGCCCACAAAGUGGGAACACAGCAUGCACAGUGCCGGGAGGAACGCUUGCAGGAGCUGGAGCAGAAGAAGAAAGGAGCUCAGCAGUGACUUGCCUAAAAUACAAAGCUGCCAUUGCAUAUUGUAUUUAUACCAGAUUCAUUCCAAUAUUUUGAUUCCUAAUUGGAAAGCUGGUAACGUGACAGGGGUGUGUGCAUUCUUUCUUUUUUUUAAAAAAAUUUUUUUGGUUGUAAAUUCCUUUUCUUUUUCAUAUGCAAUAGAUGUAAACUACCUUUUUCUAUAAGUCUAAAGUCAUGUAAGAACCUGGAACCAAUUCCAGUGCUUUUUAAAUGGUGGCAUUUUCUUUAAAGAACUUGAAUGUGUGCAGAUAAGGGGAUGUGAGUGUGUGUGGUAUGUGUACACAUAAGUUUGCAUGCGUGCAUAUGUAUGUUUGUAUGUAAGCACACAUUACAGAUAAAAUAUAUGUAUAUGUCUGAGUGUAUAAGUUAUGUAAAACCUUUAUUAAUGUAUUAAUGAAAUCUUAUGAAAGCUAGAAAACUCAGUGCCUGAUUAUUUGCAGGCAUGGUUUUGUUCAAUUUAUAUGCUCAUUUAAGGACGUAGUUAACUGUAUCUAGGAGUAAUUAAGUUUUAUACCUCACCAAUCUUUGGCUAAAAUUGCUCUGCUUUAAAUGUUGCAGUCUUAGGGGUGCAUACAGACAAGAGCACGCACAUAUACAGAUGGUUUAAUUUCAUUAUGCCUAAAAACCUGAGUAAUUUGUAAUGAUGUUUUGGGUGCUUCUGUUCUUAAAAGCUCUGUGUUAGACACCAUGGGUUUUGAUUUCAUACAUGCUGUGUACCCGUAAUUCUUAAAUAUUCUUAUCAUCUGGAAUUUAACAUUACAUACUGACAAAAUCAGAUCUCAGGUUUCUCACACAGAAUAGAUUAAAGUCAAGUUAUUCAAAAGAAAUAGCCACAUUUGAAAUUUGAGUUCUUUAUUUAUCUCUCCAAAGCUAUGCCUGAUGUACAAGCAUAAAAAUUGGAUCAUCCACAUUGACAUGAACACUUUUUUUUGAAUAAUUAUUUGCUAUAUGUAAGUAGCAUUAAACCAGUCCUGGGUUAGAGCAAAAUGUCUUCCAAGAUGUUUUGUGAGGCAGAAUUUGACCUAUCAAUUUAUUUGAUUGUAGCCUCAAUCGUAAUGGAAAAUAUUGGAAAUCUCUCAAAUAAUAAUAAUAAAAAAAAAUGCACUU